AGCCCCGCCCUUUGGGUAGGAGGGGGCGGUGCUACCCUUCGGACCUCGAGGUUUCCUCCGGCAGAGCGCCCCGCAGUCGGUGGAAAGCGGCGGGGGAGCGCGAUGGCCGAGACGUGUACAGGACCCCGCGCCAGCGAGAUCUUCACCACGCUGGAGUACGGACCCGUGCCGGAGAGCCACGCAUGCGUACUGGCCUGGCUGGACACCCAGGACCAGCUCUUGGGUCACUAUGUUAACGGAAAGUGGUUAAAGCCAGAACACCGGAGUUCAGUGCCUUGCCAGGAUCCCAUCACAGGAGAGAAGCUGGCCAGUUGCCUGCAGGCACAGACUGAGGAUGUGGCAGCAGCCGUGGAAGCGGCCAGGGCCUCUCUGGAGAACUGGAGCACACUCCCUGGAGCCUUUCGGGCCCAAUACCUGACCAGGCUGGCCAAGAUGAUCCAGAAACACCAGCGGCUGCUCUGGACCCUGGAGUCCCUGGUUACUGGACGGGCCGUUCGAGAAAUUCGAGACAGGGAUGUCCCCCUGGCCCAGCAGUUGCUCCAGUACCAUGCAAUCCAGGCGCACACCCAGGAGGAGGCACUGGCAGGCUGGGAGCCCACAGGAGUGAUUGGUCUCGUGUUGCCUCCCACAUUCUCCUUCCUUGAGAUGAUGUGGAGGAUUUGCCCUGCCCUGGCCGUGGGCUGCACUGUGGUGGUCCUCGUGCCCCCAGCCUCCCCGACGCCCCUCCUCCUGGCCCAGCUGGCAGGGGAGCUUGGCCAGUUCCCAGGAAUCCUCAAUGUGAUCAGUGGGCCUGCCGUCCUGGGGCUUGUCCUGUCCUCCCAGCCUGGAGUCCAGAAGGUGGCCUUCUGCGGAGCAGUCGAGGAAGGCCGUGCCCUUCGGCGGCUCCUGGCCGGCCAGGGUCCCGAGCUGGGCCUGGCGCUGGGGGCGGAAUCACUGCUGCUGAUGACGGAAGCGGCAGAUGUGGACUCGGCGGUGGAGGGCGUGGUGGACGCGGCCUGGUCUGACCGCAGCCUGGGGGGCCUCAGGCUCCUCAUCCAGGAGUCUGUGUGGGAUGAGACUAUGAGGCGACUCCAGGCGCGGAUGGGGCGGCUUCGUGGAGGGCGAGGGCUGGACGGGGCUGUGGACAUGGGCGCCAGGGGGACUGCUGCACGUGACCAGGCCCAGCGCUAUGUGAGCGAGGCCCAGAGCCAGGGUGCGCAGGUGUUCCAGGCUGGCAGUGUGCCCUCAGACAGCCCAUUCUUUCCCCCAACCUUGAUCUCUGACCUGCCUCCAGCCUCCCCGUGUACCCAGGCGGAGGUGCCAUGGCCUCUGGUCGUGGCCUCCCCAUUCCGCACGGCCAAGGAGGCACUGUCCUUGGCCAAUGGGACGCCCCGAGGAGGCAGUGCCAGCGUGUGGAGCGAGAGACUGGGGCAGGCCCUGGAGCUGGCCUACGGGCUCAGGAUGGGCACAGUCUGGAUCAAUGCCCACGGUCUCAGAGACCCGGCAGUGCCCACAGGUGGCUGCAAGGAGAGUGGGUCUUCCUGGCACGGGGGCCUGGAUGUGAGUGGCCCCCUCCCCACUCCCCCUGCGGCAGCCACCUUGCACCCGCCUCCCGCUCUCUCAACCCCAUCCCUCUCCCAGGGUCUCUAUGAGUAUCUGCGGCCCUCAGGGACCCCUGCCCGGCUGCCCUACCUGUCCGAGAAUCUGAACUAUGACACCUUUGGCCUCGCUGUUCCCUCAACCCUGCCAGCUGGGCCUGAAACAGGGCCUAGCCCAGCACCCCCCUAUGGGCUCUUUGUGGGGGGCCGUUUCCAGGCUCCUGGCGCCCGGAGCUCCAGGCCCAUCUGGGAUUCCCACGGGAAGCUCCACGGCUACGUGGCUGAGGGCGGAGCCAAGGAUAUCCGCGGGGCCGUGGAGGCCGCUCACCAGGCCGCCCCUGGUGUCCCCGUCUGCCUGCAGCUGGGUAGGCCAGUCACCAGGGGCCCGGGCGGCACUGCUGUGGGCCCUGGCGGCCGCCCUGCAGCGCCGAGAGUCCACCCUGGCCUCGAGGCUGGAGAGACACGGAGUGGAGCUCCAGGUGGCCAAGGCAGAGGUGGAGCUGAGCGUGAGGCGGCUUCGGGCAUGGGGGGCCCGCGUCCAGGCCCAAGGCUGCACCCUACAGGUAGCAGAGCUGAGAGGCCCUGUGCUUCUGCUGCGGGAGCCGCUAGGUGUGCUGGCUAUUGUGUGCCCAGACAAGUGGCCCCUGCUUGCCUUCGUGUCUCUGCUGGCUCCCGCCCUGGCCCACGGCAACACUGUGGUCUUGGUGCCCAGCGGGGCCUGUCCCAUCCCAGCCUUGGAGGUCUGCCAGGAUAUGGCUGCCCUGUUGCCUGCGGGCCUGGUGAAUGUGGUGACAGGAGACCAGGACCACCUGACCCGCUGCCUGGCCUUGCACCAGGACAUCCAGGCCCUGUGGUAUUUCGGAUCUGCCCAGGGCUCCCAGUUUGUGGAGUGGGCCUCAGCGGGAAACCUCAAGCCGGUGUGGGUGAACAGAGGCUGCCCACGGGCCUGGGAUCAGGAGGCCGAGGGGGCAGGCCCAGAGCUGGGGCUGCGGGCAGCACGGACCAAGGCCCUGUGGGUGCCCAUGGGGGACUGAUCGCCCAAGUGCCAUCCGGUCCAUCUGGGAUGAAUGAGAUGGACCCCAACCGAUGCCAGACGCCUGGAACUUUCCUUUUAUCAUGGUUCCUGUGCCUUCCAAUAAACUCUGACCAAUCUUGGCUUUGCUUCUGAGGGGAGGAAGGGAGGAAAUAGCAGCUUCUGGUCUAUUGAGGCCUUUUCAGUCCUGAGCCUCAGCCACCCAGUGGGCUGGCGCCCAGACAACGCAGUGUUUGUGGAACAGAUAAAGGGGACUCUGAGAAACCUCGGACAGGGCUUCAGGGACGCUUGUCUCUUCUGAUCUUUUCCAUCCGGUGGCUUCUGCUCACAGGCGCUCUCUGCCUAUGCAUUGCCUCAGAAUCCAUGGUGUGCUGGUAUAAAAUAAAAUACAGUAGUUCUCUGGAAUAAAAUUAAAGCCCCGGUAAGUAA